GGAUGCUUCAUUAGUCCUCUGAACCCCACUUUCCUGCCCGAUCGCUCUGGUGAUCAGCUACACUCAUUCUUCGGUGGGACCUGUUAUUCCUGUAAUUAGGCACUCUGGCUUGUACCCUGUUAGCAGCGACCCCCAUACGCCAGAGGAUGUCGAGGAAGAAGAGUCAGAAAAGUAAAGGCAGCAGCUCCCCUGCCUCAUGCAGUGGCCCAGCCACCAAAGAGAAUGGCAAGGGGGGCACCGAUUGCCAUAGCAAUGGCAUGGUGAUGUCGGGACGCCCAUCCCUCAGCAACAGUGGGGAGUUUUACGACGUUGCAUUUAAGGUGAUGUUGGUUGGCGAUUCUGGAGUGGGAAAAACUUGUCUUCUGGUCAGAUUUAAGGAUGGCGCAUUCCUGGCUGGUAGUUUCAUCUCCACUGUUGGGAUUGACUUUCGGAACAAAGUACUGAACGUGGAUGGCGUAAAAGUCAAGCUGCAGAUCUGGGACACGGCAGGGCAGGAGAGAUUUCGCAGCGUUACUCAUGCGUACUACAGAGAUGCGCACGCUUUGCUGCUUCUGUACGAUGUUACCAACAAGACCUCUUUCGACAACAUCCAGGCCUGGCUGACUGAGAUCUAUGAGUACGCCCAGAAAGAUGUGGUCAUUAUGCUUCUUGGGAACAAGGUGGACUCCACGCAUGAGCGGGUCGUCAAGAUGGAAGAUGGAGCGCGGCUGGCAAAGGAAUGUGGUGUGCCAUUCAUGGAGACAAGUGCCAAAAGUGGACUGAACGUGGACUUGGCGUUCAUGGCCAUUGCAAAGGAAUUAAAACACAGGUCCAUGAAGCUCCCCAACGAGCCCAAAUUUAAACUCCAUGACUACGUCAAGAAGGAAGUCAAAGGCUCGGGAUGCUGCAAGUCCUGAUCCUGCCACCCCGACUUCUGUACAAAGACUUGCUGAGAACAUUCAAGCCUCUCCACUAUGGGGGUCACUGAAGAAUCCACCCAGCACAGCUCCCCCUACCCCCCUUAUACUGUGGAAGAGCAUUCUGUCUGUGCAUGUCUGUGUUUGUAUCUGUGAGGGUAGCAAUCUGAUGUGUU